AUGGCUCUACAAGCUUCAUCUUAUUGCUUUGCUGUUUUCCACUUUGAGCGGGCUAGGCAGGCUGCUAGCCAAAUUGGCCCACAUCUCUCUCUCUCGACGCGCCGUAUCGAUUCAGUUUGUGUACUCGUUGGAGUUCCAGACGAUCCAAUCACCGGUUUCUAUCUCUGCCGCAACUCCGGUCACACGCUUCUUCUUCCAUUUUUUCCAUUGUCUUCAGCGGUUCAGCCAGUGGUCAGAAAUUGUGGAUGA